GUGCUUCACUUUUCUCUAGUAGUCCAUGGACACUUCCUUUGUUGUUGUGUCUAGUUAUUAGAAAAGUGGACACAUUUUUUUUCGUCAUUAAAGUAUUUUCUAUUGAAAGUAUUUUUAAAUAAGUUAACUAUAACCAGCUGUGGACUACAACGCCUGGACUUUGUGAGGCUGCUAACCUCCCCGGUUUGAACGAUGCCAGCGAGUGUAACGUUACUAGGAUUUUAUUUGCGUUUUUUUAUUUUAUCGACAGAAAGAUGAUGAAAGAGCAUACGUUUUGCUUAAACUAGAAGGGGUCGUUUACAAAAGGAGAUACGGGGGAAAUGACACUCUGCUAGCACAGGAAGACUUCUAAAGAAAUCAAGGAUCAGUAACAACUCUAAACCUUGUGGCGUUCCUGCUUUUCUGGAUUAUUUGACCACCGAUUACGUGGCUUCGCCUAUCCGUCUUUGUAAAGAAAUCCCUGAUGCCUUCACUUGCCCCCUCUCAUCAUGCUGGCUCUGAGGCUGGAGCAGGGCAGGCGAGGGGGUGGUGAAGUUGACCUCCUGCAGAAAGGGGCCACUGUGGCUCGGCAGUCGGGGAGGCCCCCUACUCAGGAGCAGGGCAUCAACAUCAGGCAGAAGAUCUCCCAGUGGGAAGGUCGCAGCCAGGAUGCCGGGGUGAAGGCACAUCCUCCGACUGUAUCCCGAACUCUAUCUGGAGAGGUCCUCAGCAACGGAUUUCCCAAUGAGGGAUUGAGAGGGGGGCUUCAGGGGAAACCAAACCUCUCCAAAUCUAUGACUCUGGGAUUGGAUUUUCGGGAAUCCCCAGCACGGGCUGAACAUGUGGUUGGUAGGAAGUCAGAACCUCUGCAGAAAUGUUCCACAGAAUUUUCAACCACAACCCCGGGGAAUAAAUCACUUGUAAAACAAAGGUUUGUGUCUCCCAAAGUGGAGAGCAACACUACAGAUAAACCAACCCUCAUUGCCAAUGGAGACCGAAAAACGGGUCGUAUCUUGGAUGUCGACGCAGUUUCUAAACUUCUACCUCUAUCGAUGGACGACCAAAAUGACAACAUUCCUGCUGGAAACUUCUACACAUCACGGGGUUUCUGGCGUAAGCUGGAGGGGGACAGGCUGCUCUGGCAGAAAGGCCGGGACUCUACAGGUGCAGUCCAGCCUCCUCCCAAACCUCUGCGGACAUUCCAGUAUCAGGGAUCCAAAGACAACGAUGCGGUGCGAUGGGAAGGCAGAUCCACCCACAACAACCGCUCCAGGAGUAGGAGGGUGGCCCACCCACCCAGCUUCCCGCCUCCUCCAUGUCCCGUAGCAAAGACCAAUGGACUUUCAAGGCAUACAAAGAACAGGAAGUCCUUUGAGUACGAGGAUGCGUCGCGUCUGACGGUGAAGAAAGGAACGCUUGAAGGCGAGGAUGGACACUCGAGCCUUUACCGCGCCUUCUCUGACGACAACAUUUACGAGGAUAUCGUUUGUGACGUUACCAGAGACAACCCCUAUGAGGAUAUCAAGCUCAGUCCCAUGUGUCUCCCAAUUGCAAGGCCAAAGCUGCCUCCAAAACCCCAAACGUUGCAAGGCUACGCUAGCAAGGUGGAUAGAAAGAGGUUCCAAACGACAACGGCCUCCAAAGCCUCAACACUUGCAGAAACUCCCAAACCAGCUGCACCCCGGCGCGCAAGCACUUCAAAAAUACAGAGGACCCCUCAGUACGUCAACAAGAUCGAGACCAUCUUUGACGACAAGCGACGGAGGAAAAGAGUGAAGAACCAGGGGGUCUCAGUGCGAGAGGAGACGAGUGGGACAGAGAGCGACCCGGAGGACAACAGCAAAGCAGGCUCCAGGAGAUCAGUUUACAUCCAGUCUACACUGAAGCGUCGGCCAGGCUACCGCACCCUGGAGAGAGACCUGAUCCAGCUGCAGCAGCAGCAGCUUUUCCAGAUCUUUGUGGUGGUGUCGCUGAGAAAAGGCUCCCCAGGAAACACAUACUCCCCCGUAAUCACGCAGCAGUUCCCUAAACUGUUUGAGAAGUCGUCGCGGAUCUCCAGAGAGGCGGAGGACCAGCUGAAGGUCAUUCCCCAGUUCUGCUUCCCCGACUCUCAGGACUGGAAGCCCUCCUCAAACACUCCAAGUGAGACCUUCUCCUUUGUCCUGACCUCAGAGGAUGGGAGCCGCUGGUUCUGUUACUGCCGGAAGAUCUUGCCCAUUGGAAAAGGGAAGAGGCUUCCCGAAGUGCACUGUAUCGUCAGCAAACUGGGCUGCUUCAACCUCUUUGCAAAGAUUUUGGAGGAGGUGGAGAGGCGCAGGGAGAUCUCCCCAGCGCUGGUUUACCCAUUUAUGCGCAGCGUAAUGGAGGCCCCCUUUCCAGCCCCCGGGCGCACAGUCACCAUCAAGAGCUUCCUGCCUGGCUCAGGGAAUGAGGUUCUGACUCUGUGUCGCCCAGUGGACUCCAGGCUGGAGCACGUUGACUUCGACAGCCUGCUGCAGUGCCUCAGUGUCGGGAACCUCCUGCAGGUGUUUGCCUCCCUUCUGCUGGAGAGGAGGGUCAUCUUCAUCGCUGACAAACUCAGUGUGUUGUCCCGGUGUAGCCACGCAGUGCUGGCGCUGCUGUACCCCUUCACCUGGCAGCACACCUUCGUGCCCGUGCUACCGGCCAGCAUGCUGGACAUCAGCUGCUCCCCCACCCCAUUCCUCAUCGGGGUGCUGGCCCCCUGCCUGCCUGAGCUGCUGGAGCUGCCCAUAGAGGAGGUGCUCAUUGUGGAUCUGUGUGCUGACAAGUUUGUCAUUCAGCUGGGCGAUGAGGACUGCAUCCUGCCUAACAAACUGCAGGCGGCGCUGCAGCAGAUCCUGGAGCAGCGGGACGAUAUCCUGAGCCAGGAGGACGGAGACACUCGUGGAGGUCAGCAGGCUGAUCUGAGCUCUCUGCUGUCGGAGGGUUUUGUCCGGUUGUUCGUGGAACUGGUGGGCCACUACCCUCUGCACAUGGUGGAGUCCUCCAGCGGGAGCACGGAGUUCCAGCGCGACGGCUUCCGCAAGUCCCACCCGUCCCGUGGAGUGCGGCAGUUCCUGCAGUUCUUCAUGGACACGCAGAUGUUUGCCGGCUUCAUUCAGGACAAAGAGCUGCGCAAGGGAGGAGGAAGAGGUCUCUUUGAGGUCCGAGUGGCCGAGUAUCUGGAUUCUUACCCCGAGCCGGAGCCAAGUGGUGUGAACAAAUUUCUUAAAGGACUGGGGAACAAGAUGAAGCUCCUCCAAAUUAAAUGAACACACAGCAGCACUCUGGCUUUGAAUGAAAGCCUUACAAACAGAACACUUGUUGCUGCUGGACCUGCUGAGGAAAUGAAUGUGGAUGUCGAGAUGCAUAUGAGACGGUGAAGAGUUCGAGAAAGAGAGGUUCAUCUCAAAGCCAUGUAUGCAUGUUUGCAAGCAGUGCACUUUUUAUUGGACAAAAACUGGAAAAGGUAUUUCUUUUUUUGUUAUGAAACCUUGAGGCUAAGGCAGAUUCAACUCUACUGCCCAAUGUGUGCAUUUUACAGUCAAUGCAACUUAAUGUGUGAACUGCAAUCUUGUAAGUACUUUACAUUUUAAAAUACUUUGCAUCUUUCCAACCUGAUGCAUGUUUUUAUACUGUACAUUUUAAUGUAAAAUACCAUAAUCCAUGUUGCAUUCCCUUCAGCACAAACCUGUUUACUUCAAUUUGUUUGCAUUUCAGAUCAAGUUCAUAUCGUUUAUUGACUCUGAUCAGAACAUUUCAAAGUGUCAUCACUCCUCAUUAAUCACAAUGAAUAUUUACAUUUUGAUGAGUUUGAUGAAUUUGUCUGUCUCUGACCUUCUCCUUGUUAACUGGAGUUGUAAAUAUUUUCUUUACAUUUUGCACAAUGUUGAGAACAAGUGUACAGCAUUUGGAAUAUUUUUGUAUGAAAUCGUGAUGUCCUACUUUGAAUAAAUGGAACACCUUGGACAGCA